AUGGCUGGUCGAGAACGAGAUAUGUUUAGAAAGUAUGAAUCGGGAAGUGCUAAAAGACAGAAAAAACGAAAGAAUGAAGAGUUUAUUAAUAAACAACGCGGCUCCAUUAAUAGAUUUAUUUCAUUGAAAAGAGAUGAUUCAGAUGGAGAUAAGUCGCUUAAAAGUGAUAAUAAUGAUGAAGAAAAUAACUUAAAAAGUAAUAAAGAAGGCGAGUCAAACAUAAAUUCUAGGGCUUUUUUUACACCAUGUACUGCUCACAGUCUUAAUCUAGUUCUCUGUGAUGCAGCGAAAAACUCACUAAGGGCCAUCACUUUUUUUGGUAUAUUACGUCGCGUAUAUACUUUAUUCUCAGCUUCUGUUAGUCGCUGGGAUAUAUUAAAAAGUAACUGUAAACAAUUUACAGUAAAACAGUGGUCCGAAACUCGAUGGGAGAGUCGUUUAAAUAGCGUUAAAGCAUUGCGUUUUCAGCUGCCAUUUAUAAUGAAUGCUCUAGAAGAAGUUUCUGAUGACACUAAUGAUUUGGUAGCAAGAAGUGAAGCUCUAUCGUUAUUAAAAGAAAUUUCUAGUUAUGAAUUUAUUUUAAGUCUGAUCAUUUGGUACGACAUUUUAAUGGAAACGAAUAUCGUAAGUAAAAGUCUACAGAACCAUAACAUGGACAUAUGUGUUUCAACCAAAUUGGUUUUUGGUCUUCUUGAAUAUUUAAAAAAUUACAGAGAAAUUGGUUAUGAAUCAGCCAAAAUCAAAUCAAAUGAAUUAGCUAUUAAAUCAUUGGAUAAACGUUUUAAACAACUGGAAUCAUAUUCAAAUAAUUUUGGUUUUCUAUACCACAUUGGUAAAUUAAAAGAUAUGCAAGACGAUGAACUAAUGAAGUGUUGCAAAGACCUACACUUAGUUCUUUCGGACGAAUCUUCUAAAGAUAUAGAUGGACAGGAUUUAUUUGCGGAAAUUGUGAUUUUUCGAACUUUAGUUGACGAAGAAGUUACACCUCUUCAAGCUUUGGCAGAGUUAAAAAAAAUUGGUGGUUCAUUUCCAAAUAUUACAAUUUCAUUACGAAUAAUGUUGACGAUACCAGUAGCAUCGGCUUGUGCAGAAAGAAGUUUUUCAAAACUCAAAAUAAUUAAGUCGUAUUUAAGAAAUUCAAUUGGACAAGACAAAUUAUCGGACCUUGCAUUGCUUUCAAUUGAACAAGAGAAAUCAAAAUCGAUAAAUUAUGAAGAAGUCAUCAACGCAUUUGCUCAGAAAUAA